AUGCGGCCAACUCUUUUGCUUGCUGCUCUGGCAGCUGGUGCUGUGAAUGCCUAUGAGAGGCGUGUUUACGUUACCGACUGGACCACCGUUACUGUUACCAAGACCGUCACGGCACCCGCCGUGACCGAGACUGUUGCGGCCGCCAACCAGGUUCAGGUGGACUACAAGACGACCACUUUGUCUGCCGCCCCAGUCGAGACCGAGCAAUCAGAGCUCUUGAAGAAGUCCACUGUUAUUGUUCCCGAGUCGGUCACCUCUUCUACCUCGACCUUGGAGGCUGUGUCCUCCACCUUCACGCCUGCGCCUGCGCCUACCAGCGCUGCCGAAGAGGUCCAGGCCGCUGCUGAGUCCACUUCUUACUGGUCCACAGCCUGGACAUCCACCAUUGAGCCUGAAUCUACUGCCUCCGCUACAUCCACCCUCGCAACUUCAACUUCCUCUGUAGCUGCGGCCACUGCCACCGCUGCCAACGCCUACCAACAAGCCGUGCUGUACAACCACAAUAUCCACCGCAGCAACCACUCCGCUCCUUCUGUCGACUGGUCUGCCGAUCUCGAGAACAGCGCCCGCGCUCUCGCCGCCAAGUGUGUCUACGAACACGAUACAUCCAUUGAUGGCGGUGGUUAUGGCCAGAACAUCGGCUAUGGUGUCGGUGCCGACCAGGUCGGUGUCAUGCUCACCAACUUGAUGUACAACGACGAGAUCGAUUACUUCCCCACCCCCUACGGCGAGUCCGACCCCAGCAUGGCCGAUUUCGAGAAGUGGGGUCACUUCUCCCAGAUCGUAUGGAAGGGCACCACCCACGUCGGCUGCGCUACCGUGCAGCUCUCUCCCCUUCACCGUCUGCAACUACUCUCCCCGGGUAACUACGCCGGUGAAUAUGGUGAUAACGUUCUCGCUCCGCUGGGCAACGCUGUCUACACCGCCUCCUAA